AUGGCGAAAGUAGAUGGAGUAGUGUACAAGAUAACAGAGGCUCAGGCAACCUGCUUUAAGACUGCGUUUGGCAUCUUCGACUCCGAUGGAGAUGGCUACGUAACUGUCGAGGAAUUUGUAAAGCUUUUUCGCUCCGUGGGGCAGUCACCCUCUGAGGCGACACUCAAGGAAAUAGUCGAGAAGCACGAUCCGGAAAAAUUGGGAAAAUUUGACCUUCACACCUUCUUGCGGAUCUGCGACUCCCCGUACUUCGCUGACCCAAUGAAGGAAGAGAGACUAGUAGAAUGUUUCCGUAUGUUUGACGAUGAUUCUAUUGGAAAGAUAAGUAUUCCAGAACUGAGAUACGUGUUGCAACAAAUAGGGGAACCGUUGACAGAUGACGAAGCUGACAAAUUUAUUGACUGGGCCAUGAAGGUACCUGAUGCGAUUUCGGAUGGAGGAAUGCUCAACUACGAUAUUCUCGCACGGGAACUAAUGAACAGGGAUCCUGAUGUCUUAUAA